ACGGUUCGGGAGGAUGAACAGUUCAUGUACGUCUACCGGAUCUACACCGACGGAAUGGUGGCGGAAGUUAGGGAGAUACGAACCGAGCCGGAUGACACGAGGGAGAUGGAGAAUGGUGCCGGGUGCCCCAUUGUUUAACAAGAAUACCACUUGCUCCCUGCUGCACUGGGAUGGAAAUUCAUUUCGGCACAUCACUAUCUUCGACAGCAUUGCGUAAACCUACCACGCUCCUUGAUUAUCUUCCAGACACUGCAACCCCCUCAUGCAACAUGCUAGCGCAUCCCGCCCUUACACGGACGCCCCGCCGGAUUACGGGCUCGUCAUGCGAUCGCCGCCGACGACCACUGGUCUACAGGCCGUGGAUUUUCUGCCGCGGGUGACGGCAGUGGCCGGGCCGUGCAAUCGCCCGGUGUACGAGUCCUUCAACGUGCUCGCAGAGCGAGCCAGUGUGUUUCUCCGCAAUAAUCCUCACUGGGCGGUCAACACCUGCGAGAGUGUAGAGUUUCCGGUGUACAGUAAGGGAUACGAUAUCGAUGCGGUGGAAUCGGCUUUUACUGUCUACGGCGAUUCCGACAACCGGUACAUCCGCGGUUUGCGCUUGUGGAUGCAGCACCGCAGCUCGUGUUCUGCUACUACUAUUACCGGCGCCCAGCAGAUCGGCUAUCUCAACUUCCUUCCGAGAAUCAACUACGACGAUUCGGUGGAGCGACUGGACAGCGUACUGCAACGCAUCAACAGCAAGCCUGUCAAAGGGACGAUCAUCACGGUGGAGACGCAACCCGUCAAAUGGGGCAGCAAAGAUUGUGACGCCGAUCGCACUGCUUGGACCGAGCGCAGCGGAACGCGAGAACGCUUCCUCAACCUGGUGCGCAUCUUCUACAUCCGCGGUCCCGCGCAGCGCGUCCAGGUGGGACUGAAAGACUUCCUUCCGUCCAGUGGUGACGAUUAUUCGCACCCGCACACCCAGACCUUUCCGGCCGUCAUGCAGCGUGUCCGAGAGUGGAUGUUGUCCGUGCCGCCCAAUUACCGUCCCGUCAACGUCCAGACCGUAGCAUUCCGAGGGAGCGGUAAUAAAUUCGACACGUGGGCCAUGACGUACCGGGAAGAUAAACAGCAUCUGAAUUAUAUGCGAUAUCUUCGCGUGGCAUUCAUUGUCGAAGACCCCACCACCGGCCCCCUGAGCCGGUCGAUGAUCCAACUCGACAGCCAGCUCUUCACUCCUCGGGUACUGCCAUCGCACGGAUUUUGCGGAGUCGGGGCGUUUGAAUCACAAGACACGUGCCGACAACGGUUGGACGCAUGGGUGCAAGCGACCGGUGCACGUGUCGUGGCGGUGGAGACACUGCUCAUGCCGAUGGUCAGCGGCGGGGAGACCGUCAACGAUGGGGACGCCAUGCGCAUUUGUAACAACGUACACCUGCCGCACUCCGACAGUCACACGCACAAUCAACGUUUCGUCUAUAUGUACCGGAUAUACACGGACGGAAUCGUCCCGGAUCAGCCGGUGAUCAUUCACGAUACCCAGCGGCACGCCUACGCGACGCCAGUGCACAGUGGUGAUUUGUGCACCAUUUCCUAAAUACGUGUCUAGCUACCAAAAGGUUUUUUUAAGGGAUCAUGUAGUAAUUAUUGCACAUGUUGUAGUUUCAGCUCACAUUGUAUACUGAAGUAGUUUUACUCUGGGUUUAAUUCCGCAUUUCUACUUCGUACUAAAAUACAACGUAACAACAUAACAUCAACAAUAAUGACUUAUGACACUUCAUCACAUAAAGCAACGGCUAUCAA